UUCAUAAACCCGGUUUGUCAAAAUUUACGACAUUUUUUUACAAUAUCUAUCUCUGCAGCAUUCGUCAUGCCGACUUGGUCCAAAAUAUACUAAACAAAUACUCUGUUUUUCUUCACUUUCAUCCUCAACAUUUUACUUUCUCAUUUCUUCUUCUUUGAUGCUAAGUAAUUACUUCUCUUGGGUUUACUACUUUGCAUUCUCUUGUCUUGUCUUUAUUCUGUUGUUUUCAAGUGGUUGAAGGAACACUUUUUGUGGGUUUUCAAAGUGAGGAUGUGUUCAUCAAAAGCUUGGAAUUAUGUUGCUGUUUUGCUCUUAUGCUUAUCUUGGUCUUCAUUUCUUCUUGGAGCUGAUGAUCGCAUAACUGACCCUGUUGAAGUGACGGCUUUGCGGGCCAUCAAGAAAAGUUUAGUUGAUGUUAAUAAGAAUUUGAGUAAUUGGGAUAGAGGUGACCCCUGUACAUCAAAUUGGACGGGCAUUUUGUGCUACAAUCGGACAUUGGAGGAUGGCUAUCUACAUGUUAUAGAAUUGCAGUUACUGAAUAUGAAUCUAUCAGGAACUUUAUCGCCACAGCUUGGUCGCUUAUCUAAGAUGACAAUAUUGGAUUUUAUGUGGAAUAACAUAACUGGUAGUAUACCAAAGGAGAUAGGAAAUAUCACAACUCUGGAACUAUUGCUCCUCAAUGGAAAUGAAUUAACAGGUUCCUUGCCAGAUGAGCUUGGUUAUCUUCCAAACUUGAACAGAAUACAAAUUGACCAGAACCAUAUAUCAGGACCAUUACCUAAGUCGUUUGCGUUCUUGAACAAAACAAAGCAUUUUCACAUGAACAACAAUUCAAUCAGUGGCCAAAUCCCACCUGAAUUGGCCAGAUUGCCAAGUCUUGUUCACUUGCUUCUUGAUAACAACAAUUUAUCAGGGUACCUUCCACCAGAGUUAUCUCAAAUGCCAAGUUUACUGAUCAUACAACUUGAUAACAACAACUUUGAAGGGAAUACUAUUCCAUCUUCCUACAGCAAUAUGUCUAAAUUGUUGAAACUGAGUCUGAGAAAUUGCCGCUUGCAAGGGCCAAUUCCUGAUCUGAGCACGAUUCCAGGUCUUGGUUAUCUUGACUUAAGUUCAAACCAGCUAAAUGGAUCUAUACCUGGAAAUGGACUUUCCUUAAAUAUCACGACUAUCAAUUUAUCCAAUAACAAUCUUGUUGGACCUAUCCCUUCUACCUUCUCGGAUCUUCCUCUUCUUCAGAAUUUGUUGAUAGCAAAUAAUUCAUUGAAUGGCUCCGUCCCAGCGACCCUUUGGCAGGGCAGAACUCUAAAUGCAACUGAGAGACUUAUCUUUGACUUUGAGAACAAUCAACUUUCAAAUAUUUCAGACAGUUCUGCCCUCCCUCAGAAUGUCUCUGUCUGGCUUAAAGGAAACCCUUUAUGUUCAAACUCCAAUGCAGUCCAGUUUUGUGGAUCUCAAAGUGACACUGAGAUUAAUCAGAGAUCAAACUCCACUCUUGACUGUCCCCCUCAAUCAUGUCCUGUCCCUUAUGAAUAUUCGCGAACAUCUCCUGUUCGUUGUUUUUGUGCUGCCCCUCUGCUUGUUCGAUACCGGCUAAAAAGUCCUGGAAUUUCAUAUUUUCUACCAUAUAAGAAAACAUUUGAGGAGUACCUGGCUUCUGGUCUCGAAUUGCAGCUUUAUCAGCUGGACCUUGAUGAUUUUGAAUGGGAAAAAGGACCUCGAUUGAAAAUGUACUUAAAGCUUUUUCCUGUAUAUCAGGCUAAUAACACAAAUACUAAUGUCUUUAAUGAUAGUGAGGUUCGACGGAUCAGAAGCAUGUUCACUGGAUGGGGAAUUCCUGAUAGUGACAUAUUUGGCCCCUAUGAACUUCUGGAGUUUGAUCUAUUGGGCCCUUACCAACAUGUGUUUCCUACCACUACCAAGUCUGGAUUAAGCAAGGGUGCACUGGUUGGCAUAAUCCUGGGGGCUAUUGCUGGUGCUGUUACAUUAUCUGCAAUUGUUUCACUUAUUAUCAUCAGGGUGCAUUUGAAGGAUUACCGUGCACUUUCAAAAAAGCGCCACCCAUCCAAGAUCAGCAUCAAAAUUGAUGGUGUGAGAAGUUUCACUUUUGAAGAAAUGGCCUUGGCAACUAACAAUUUUAACACCUCCACACAAGUUGGCGAAGGGGGGUACGGUAAGGUUUAUAAAGGUAUUCUGGCUGAUGGCACAGUUGUCGCCAUAAAACGCGCACAAGAGGGAUCAUUGCAGGGUGAGAAGGAGUUCUUAACGGAAAUAUCCUUUUUGUCAAGAUUACAUCACCGGAACCUUGUAUCUUUGGUUGGAUAUUGUGAUGAAGAAGGUGAACAGAUGUUGGUGUAUGAGUUUAUGUCAAAUGGCACUCUCAGGGAUCAACUUUCAGCUAAGGCGAAAGAACCGCUGGGUUUUGUAUCAAGACUGUCGAUUGCACUGGGUUCAUCCAGGGGCAUCCUCUACCUACAUACAGAAGCUGAUCCUCCAGUAUUCCACAGAGAUAUUAAAGCCAGCAACAUACUAUUGGACAAUAAGUUCACUGCCAAGGUUGCUGAUUUUGGACUUUCACGACUUGCUCCAGUUCCUGAUCUUGAAGGGAUUGUACCAGCUCAUGUAUCCACAGUUGUGAAGGGAACUCCGGGUUAUCUUGAUCCGGAGUACUUCUUAACUCAUAAGUUGACAGACAAGAGUGAUGUUUAUAGUCUUGGCGUGGUAUUCCUGGAACUCUUGACUGGUAUGCACCCGAUCUCACAUGGCAAAAACAUUGUCCGAGAGGUUAAAAUUUCUUAUGAAUCUGGAAUGAUCUUCUCAGUCAUUGAUGGAAGAAUGGGUUCUUAUCCUUCAGACUGUGUCGAUAAGUUUCUGACAUUGGCCCUCAAAUGUUGCCAAGACGAGACAGAUGCAAGGCCUUCGAUGGCAGAGGUUGUGAGAGAACUUGAAAACAUAUGGCAUAUGAUGCCAAAGUCAGAUACCAAAAUAGCAGAAUCCAAAGGCAGUGAACCUAAAGAAGAAGAAGAAACCCCUCCAUCCUCUUCCUCUAUGGUAAAGCACCUGCAUCCGAACAACCCGUUUGUUUCAUCGGAUGUCUCUGGUAGCAACCUUGUUAGUGGAGUCAUUCCUACCAUCACACCAAGAUAAAAAUGCAUUGGUUGGUUAUACUUUCUUUGAUCAUAGAAAGUUUAUACACUUGCAGUUAUUUCUAUCUUGUUUGGUUUCUGAUUUUGCAUAGUUUGAUUUGUUUUGUAAAAAUAGGUAGAGUAGGCAGUGGUAUUAUGAUGUUGUUGUAAUAACAGUGCAAAAAUAUUUAAGAUGAAUUAUAUCAUUCAUAUUUACUUAAUGUUAUUAUGCAGCAAUUUUGAAUCUUU